GACUCUAGUUAUCGUCAAGAUUUGAACUUUUUUCCAUCUCAACUUUCUCUCUCAAACACCACCUUUGGAGUCGUGGCUAGUUCUGAAAUGGGUGACGGUGUUCAUGACAGAAAGAGAAAGAGCACCAUGUCUCUGAAUCUUGCUGGAGACGAAUCUGAUCAUGAAGAUGUUAUACAGAACCCUGCUGCUGCUGGAAGCACUAAGCUUUGUGUUAGAGGUCAUUGGAGGCCAGCUGAAGACUCCAAACUCAAACAACUUGUGGCCCAGUUUGGUCCUCAAAACUGGAACUUAAUUGCUGAGCACCUUGAUGGCAGAUCAGGGAAAAGUUGCAGACUGAGGUGGUUUAACCAGCUAGAUCCAAGGAUCAACAGAAGGGCUUUCAGUGAGGAAGAAGAAGAGAGGCUUUUAUCUGCUCACAGGCUCUAUGGCAACAAAUGGGCCAUGAUUGCAAGGCUCUUCCCAGGAAGGACUGAUAAUGCUGUCAAGAAUCAUUGGCAUGUCAUCAUGGCUAGAAAGCACAGAGAGGAAUCCAAUGUUUUCAAGAGAAGGAAGCCCUCUUCUAAUUCACUGCCUCAACAUGAUCAUGAUCAACAAGAUGGGACUAAGAAUAAUGCCUCCAGUGAUCGUUCAACAAUCUCAAUCAAUACCAGCAAUGAUGAAUCUGGGUCUGCAGCCUCUGCCUCAACAUGUACUAAUCUCUCCCUCACUCCCUCAAACAGGCCAGCGCUGCUUCCCAGCUUAUUUAGCAACAUCAAAAAUCCAUUUCAGCAACAGAAAAUCUUUGGAUCACAAAUGGUUGCAGACUCUGGCAGGAUCAAGGGCAAUGGGAAUGGUCAGUCAUCAGAUUCAAACUCUGAAGUUUCUGGAGAAGAAUCGGUUCUUACCACCUAUAGGACCAACAACAAUAAUGUUUCUUCCAUGUCUGGAGAAGAUCAAAUUGAGAAGAUGAGCCUGAUCCCAUUCAUUGAUUUCCUUGGAGUAGGCUCUACUUAA